AUGAGGCAUUUAUUGGCGCUGUGGAUGGGAACUGUGCUGCAGUUUUGUCAUGCAACGAUUUACACCAACUACUGGGCCGUAAACAUAAGAGGAGACCUUGAGUCUGUGAACAGGAUAGCUGAGAAAUAUGGAUUUACCAAUGUGGGUCAGAUUGGAGACCUGAAGAGUUAUUACAGUUUUCGGCACCGGGAGACGGCCAAUCGGUCCGCUGUGUGCAACAAAGAAGUCACUGUUCGCGUCGCCAAGGAGACCAAGGUGGAGUGGCUCGAGCAGCAGGUGGUCCACAGAAGAACAAAGAGGGACUCCAAACACCUUGUUGCCGCCCAUCACCAGCCCAGCCACGCCCAGACACUGUACUUCAACGACCCAGCGUGGAACAGCCUGUGGUACAUCCACUGCAGCGAUGAGUCCGACGGCUGCCAGUCUCACAUGAACAUCGCAGGGGCCUGGAGGAGAGGGUUUACUGGGAAGGGUGUGGUGGUGUCUGUCCUAGAUGAUGGCAUUGAGAGAGAGCAUCCGGAUCUGAAGCCAAAUUAUGAUCCUCUUGCCAGCUAUGAUAUGAACGGACAAGACCCAGAUCCUUCUGUGAAUUACUCCAACAAUGCUGCUAACUACCAUGGGACUCUGUGUGCAGGGAUGGUUGCGGCAGCUGCGAAUAACUCUCACUGCACGGUUGGAGUUUCUUACCAUGCACGGAUAGGCGGCAUCCGGAUGCUGGACGGAGAUGUGACGGACAUUGUGGAAGCUGAAUCACUGAGCUUCAGGCCACAAUAUAUCGAUAUUUACUUCGCUGGCUGGGGGCCAGAAGAUGAUGGGGCCACUCUCGAAGGACCUGGGCCUCUGACUCGUCUUGUUUUACAGAACGGCAUUCAAACAGGCCGGCAUGGCAGAGGCUCUGUUUUCGUUUGGGCGUCGGGGAACGGAGGGCGAAGAGGUGACCACUGUUCCUGCGAUGGCUACAGCAGCAGUAUCUACACUAUCUCUAUCAGCAGCAGCACUCGGCGUGGAAGCCAGCCAGAUUACCUGGAGCGGUGCUGCUCCACGCUGGCAGCAGCUUACAGCGGUGGGGAGACAGAGGAGAUGGUAACCUUGGGUCCGCAGCAGAGCUGUAGCAGGGCUCGGUCAGGGACGUCCCUCUCCUCCUCCAUUGCUGCUGGUGUCAUUGCUCUCACUUUGGAAGCCAAUCCCUUGCUAACCUGGAGGGAUGUGCAGCACAUUAUUGUCCGGACAUCGAAAGCUCAUCAUCUCAUUGCUCCUGACUGGCAUGUUAAUGGAGCCGGAUAUGAAGUGAGCCACCUGUAUGGCUUUGGCCUGCUGGAUGCUGAGAGCAUGGUGAAGGAGGCUGAGCGUUGGAAGCAAGUCCCCUCACAGCAUGAGUGUGUGGAGGAGGCUGCCAUCCAGCUGAGCAGAAUUAUUCAUCUAGGCUCGGUGCUGACGUCUGUGUAUGAGACUACAGGCUGUUCCAGCGAGGCCCUGCAGCACGUUGUUUAUGUGGAGCAUGUCGUUGUACGUGUUACCAUCACUCACAGUCGUCGCGGCGACCUUUCCAUUACACUCACAUCACCUUCAGGCACCGUGUCACAGCUGCUAGCUAACAGGCCUCUUGACGACUCUACAGAGGGAUUUCAGAACUGGGAAUUCAUGACAGCUCACUGCUGGGGGGAGCAGGCCGCAGGGGAAUGGACUUUGAAAAUCCAGGAUACUCCUUCUCAGGAAAGAGACAGCACUGAACUAGGGGCGCUGAGGACAUGGUCCCUGGUGAUUUAUGGCACGGCAGAGCAACCGUAUCCCGUGCAUCGUGAGCGAGCCCGAUCAGCUGAGAUUCCCAUGGAUAGUGAUCUCACUGAAGACUACAGCGGACCCUGCGACCCAGAAUGCAGUGACGAUGGUUGUGAGGGGCCGGGCCCGCAGCAGUGUGUCACAUGCUUGCACUUUUUUCUCAAGUUCAAGAACAACACAAGGUUGUGUGUAUCAGAGUGUCCCAAGGGAUCCUGGGGCGACCGCCGGCGUUGUAAGAGGUGCUACUCCUCCUGUGAGAGCUGCACUGGGAGUCGCAGUGACCAGUGCACCUCCUGUCAGCCUGGCCAUCAUCUGACCGAGGAAAAAAAUACCUGCACAGCCAUCUGCGGGGAUAAUUACUACCUCGACCACGAUGCAAAUAUGUGCAGAAAGUGCAGCGAAAACUGCUUGAAGUGCACCUCCUACAGCAUCUGCACAGAAUGCAAACCAGACACAAGCCUGUAUGGGAACCGAUGCCAGCGGAGCUGCGCGGCCGGAUUCUACCAUGACACACAGGAUGGUGAAUGCAAGCCCUGUCACCACGCCUGCGCUACCUGUGCAGGUCCAGGUGUCGAGGCGUGCAAACGCUGUUCUGAGGACUACUUGAUGGAGGAGUGGAGGUGCGUGUCCUCCUGCAGUGCUGGCUUCUACGCCACAGAGCCAAACCCAGAGAAAGCUGAUGGGCACAGGAUAUGUAGGAGGUGUGACGCCAGCUGUCUCACCUGUGUGGGGCCGAGUCGGGGGAACUGCAGCAGCUGUUCCAGCGGUCACGGCCUGCAGGAGGGAGUGUGUGUUGUGAACACUGUGUGCACAGACGGAGAGUACCAGGACAGUAACGGGAAGUGCCACGCGUGUGAUGCAACGUGUCUAAAGUGCACAGGGCCGCAAAGCGAAGACUGCAUCAGCUGUGUUUCUUCACGGGCUCUGGAUGAGGGCCGCUGUGUGGUGGCGUGUACCGAGGGCAAGUACCAGUCAGGUGGCCGGUGUCACCUGUGUGACCACACCUGUGCCACAUGUGUGGAUGCUGGGCCCGCCAACUGUACCGGCUGUGACACUGAUAAGUUUGGAAUAGAGCGGUACCUUUAUAAAGGCCUGUGUCUGGACGCCUGUCCUGACGCCUUCUACCACACCAAGGACAGGAGCUGUGAGCCCUGCUCGGCCCACUGCCAGCUCUGCACAAGCCCAAACCACUGCCUCCAGUGCAACUCCUCGUACUACGUCUCUGAUGGAGGCUGUGCGAAGCUGGAGUGUGGGGAAGGGGAAGUGGAGGAUCCAGAUUACGACGACUGCAUGCUCUGUGAGGAGGGCUGCAGGAAGUGUGUCUUGUAUAACCCCAGGCAUUGCCUGUCCUGCACUGAGGGCUUUUACAAUUUUCAGGAUGGCUGCUACAAAUACUGCCCAGCUAAGACGUACAGCAUGGACGAGGAGAUGACCUGCGUUCCAUGUGACGACAACUGUUUGAGCUGUGAUGAACAUGAGUGCUACUGGUGUGAGACAGACCUCUUCUUAUCAGAGGGGAGGUGUGUUUCAGUGUGUCCCGACGGUUUCUAUGGCGAUGAAGACACCAACGACUGUAAGGAGUGUGACUCGGACUGCGUGACGUGCAGCGGGCCGGAGGACAUAGACUGUCUGUCGUGUGAGGAGGGGAAGACGCUGGAAAACCAAGAGUGUGUGUCUGACCACGAGGCCUGUCCCAUUAAGACCUUUCGCAACGAUGGAGCCUGUGAGGACUGCCACCCGUCCUGCGAGUCCUGCACCGGAGAGGAGAAGAACCAGUGUACACAAUGCGCAAAAGGGCGUUUUCUGACCGCACAGCAAACAUGUGUAUCCAAGUGUCCGGCGGGCUUCUUUGCCAGACGGCUGAGCGGUUUGUGUGAAGCGUGCCCUCCAGGCUGUUUGCAGUGUGUGGACGAUCAGCGCUGCAGCCGCUGUCAGAACACUCGCAGGGCUCAACUUUUCCUGCAGGACGGACAGUGUGUUCAAGAGUGUGUCAGGGGUUAUCCUGCAGGCCAGGUGUGUCGUAGCUGUGCGCCCGGCUGUGCGUCCUGUGGGAGGAACGCCACCCACUGCCUCAGCUGUGACGAACCUCUCCUCCUACACAAGCACCAGUGCGUGGACGAGUGUCCUCCAGCGCACACUGUCCGGGACGGGGAGUGCCAUCGCUGCCCCCCGGCCUGUGAGGAGUGCAGCCCACUUGGACAGUGCACCGGCUGUGAGGAGUAUCACUUUCUCCUGGAGGGCCUGUGCGUGCUAGACUGUCCCGAGGGGUUCUUCGAGGACAAAGCGCUGGGGGAGUGUUUGCGUUGCCACCCCGACUGUGCUUUGUGUGACGGGCCGAACAGCAAUGACUGUGAUGCCUGUAUGGACCGCGACGCCACCCUGCACAAUGGGGCAUGUCUGGAAGCCUGCGCCUCCCACGCAUACAGGGACCCUAUGACAGCAGACUGUAAAGACUGUGAUGCCUCGUGCCUCACGUGCUUCGGGCCUCACGCCGGCUCCUGCACCAGCUGCCAAGAGGGUCAGAAGCUGAACAACCUCAACCACUGUGUGCCGUCAGACAGCAAAUGCUCGAUCCACCAGUACACAGACCAGGACGGCGAAUGCCAUCCGUGUCACAAAUACUGCCACAGGUGUUCAGGUCCUGGCAAAACCCACUGCCUGAGCUGCAGCCAGAGACAUCUCCUGCUCAAUGGUACCUGCGUGGAUGAAUGCCCAACAGGCUACUAUGAGGACGACUCGGGGCAGAAAUGUGAACCCUGCCACGCCGCCUGUCAGUCCUGUGUCGGAAAGCACAGCCACGAGUGCCUCACCUGCAAAACCCACCUAUUUCGGGAGGGCAAGGAGUGCGUGGAGACCUGCCAGCACAGUCACUAUGGAAACACUGCCUCAAGGCUGUGUGAGAAGUGUGACCCGAGUUGCGGUGAGUGUAACGGGGGCGGGGACGACGGCUGCCUGAACUGCGCACCGGGCCUCGUCUACUUGCGGAAAGAGGGCCGUUGCCUCCCCUCGUGCCCUCAGGGAUACCAUCACGACGCCGCGCACAGGACCUGCGAGCCCUGCUACGCCACCUGCAGAACGUGCACAGGUGUGGAAAGCUAG